UCUACCAACACACAAAAGCACUAAAAACCGAAACACACACGAGCUUCAACAGAGAUAGAAGCAACUAACAAUGGCAGCAUCACUUCAAGCAGCGGCUACGCUGAUGCAAUCCCCCAAGCUGGGCAUCAGCGGCCGCACCAGCACUCUUCACUUGAAGCCCACUCACUCCCUUUCAAAAGCCUUCGGUUUGGAACCCGUUGGCUACAAACUCACUUGUUCUCUUCAUACUGAUUUCAAGGACUUGGCUCUCAAAUGUGUUGAGGCCACCAAAGUUGCAGGAUUUGCCCUUGCCACCUCUGCUCUCGUUGUUUCUGGAGCAAGUGCAGAAGGUGUUCCAAAGAGAUUAACCUAUGAUGAAAUCCAGAGUAAGACAUACUUGGAAGUGAAGGGGACAGGAACCGCGAACCAGUGCCCAACAAUCGAAGGCGGAGUAGAAUCAUUCGCCUUCAAGCCAGGCAAGUACAAUGCCAAGAAAUUCUGUCUUGAGCCGACUUCCUUCACUGUCAAGGCCGAGGGUGUCACCAAGAAUUCUCCUCUGGAAUUCCAAAACACCAAGCUCAUGACACGUCUUACCUACACUCUCGACGAGAUCGAAGGACCCUUCGAGGUGUCCUCUGAUGGAACCGUGAAAUUUGAGGAGAAGGACGGCAUUGACUAUGCUGCAGUGACUGUUCAGCUCCCGGGAGGAGAGCGCGUGCCGUUCCUCUUCACCAUCAAGCAGUUGGUGGCAUCAGGGAAGCCAGACAACUUUGGUGGGGAGUUUUUGGUGCCGUCUUACCGUGGUAGCUCUUUCUUGGACCCCAAGGGAAGAGGUGCUUCCACCGGGUACGACAAUGCAGUAGCAUUGCCGGCCGGUGGAAGAGGAGACGAGGAAGAACUGGCUAAGGAGAACAACAAGAGUGCUUCAUCAUCCAAAGGGAAGAUCACUUUGAGCGUGACGCAGAGCAAACCAGAGACUGGAGAGGUUAUUGGUGUGUUUGAGAGCAUUCAGCCAUCAGACACUGAUUUAGGUGCCAAAGCUCCAAAGGAUGUUAAGAUCCAAGGAGUGUGGUAUGCUCAGCUUGAGUCAUAGACCUGUUUUAUAUGGUGUAAUUUGUGUCUUAUUUGAUUUAGAUUUUGUUUGUAACUUCCACACGGUGUUGCUCUGCGAUCUCUUGUGGAAUCGUGAACAAUGAGAGGUUUAUCAUGUUUGUAUAUUAUAUUGACUUCAAAUAUAAUGCUUAAAAUUGUGGUCUAUGGUACAA